AUGGGCGGCCGGAUCGAGUGCUAUCUCGACAUCGCUUCGUACUACAGCUAUGUAACUUUCAUCCAGAUACUGAAAAGUCAAGAGCUUUUGAAGCAACACUCGGUCGAAGUCGAGAUCCAUCCGGUCCUCAUAGGCGCCAUCAACGCCGGCUCCGGCAACAAACCGCCAUGGACCGUCAAAGCCAAAGCCGCACACAGCAAAUACGACACAGCGCGGUCCGCGAAAGCCGUGGGCCUGAAGGACGCCUCGCCGCCAGGCGACCUGAUGGAAGCGGGCAAGACACAGCUGCCCAUGCGAGCCAUGCACUACAUCAAAGCCAACCACGCCCCCCAGACCUUCACCACCACCUUGCACUACCUCUUCCACGCCUUUUGGACACUGCACCGACCGCCCAAUACCCCGGCCGCCCUACAAGAAAUCCUGCUUGAGAUCCCGGCCGACUUCGGCCUCGACAGCCUCAACUACAACAGAUCCAGCAGCAGUGGCAGCGGUGGGUUGCUUUUCUGCGAUGAAGACGUGGAGGCGAUACUGCAGGCCGCGGCUUCGCAGGAGUACAAGGACGCGCUGAAGGGAAAGGUCGAGGAGGCGCUUGGACGCGGCGCGUUUGGCAUGCCGUGGCUGUGGGUCACGACGGAUGAUGCGCCCGGCGCGGGCGAGCCGUUCUUUGGGAGCGAUAGGUGGCAUUUCGUGUAUGAGUUUCUGGGGCUGCCGUACCAGGGGGUUGCGUUGUUGCCGCCUGGAGGGAAGGCGAAGAUUUGA